AAAAGCUCACUCACCUUGAUGAUCUCUCCUGCUCUUGGUGGAGCCGUCGCCGCCGACAUUCCGAUGGUUUUUCCAGCGUCGGGAAAACACGCUCCCAUCAGUCCAGUAGCGAACGUGACCGCAGCAGCACCACGGUGGUGUCUCACUUGUUUGGGGGGUCCUCCACACAAAGUCGUCCAGGAAAGAGAAAAAAAAGUCCAGAAAGAAAGAUAGUUACCAGUACCACCACCGCGAACUUCGACGGUUCUUCGAAGAGGAAAAAACUUGCUGCCGCUGCACUAAUUUGGAGUUGGAGCAUACCUAUAAUAUAGAUUGAGGCGUUGCGGAGGAUAUCUAUACCAUCUAUACCGAUAGCGUGUGUGAGUGACUAACGUGACCGCCGAAGACCACCGCACAGCAAGCGAGGAAAAGCGAAGACGCCAGCGAAGCGACGAAACCGAGAAGAGCUCCCCGGAGAAGAAAGCAAAGAAAAGCAGGCGGAAGGAUUGUGUGUGAAAAUUUGGUAACUGGGAUUCGUUUCUUUGGAGACGUCGUCGAGAGCAUGUGGUGUUGUGACCUAGCCUAGCGUGUUGUGGAAGCGUGCGAAAAUGGAUCUCUGAAAAAAAGAGGAAAGGCUCUGAAAAUUUCGGUGCAAAGCUCCCAGAAGGGCUAGUUUUCUUUCGCAUCGGAGUGAAGAAUAUGCAAUUAGUGUGAUCGGCGGGCGUGCUUCGGGAUAAAGCAAUUACCUAAGUGAGUGUUGUGAAAUCGUGAAUUACUGCUAAUCGACAACCAGGAAGGAUCUUACAUCAUCGGAUAAACUCGGAGGAAAAGCAGCACUCGUAAACAGCUUGGAGAACCCGGAGAACAAGGCAACCCGGUAAGCGAUGAGGCGAACGAGACGCGGACGCUACUGGCACAUGGGAAUCGUUUUCCUGAUAUAUUCGAGUUUUCACGCGUACUCGGCAACGAUUGGCAACACUGCGACGACGGGUGCCGAUUUCGACGAGCUUUCGGAACCGGAAGUUCCGGCGUCGAACGAAUCGCCGUUGUACUACUCAACGAGCACCGCAGAGCCCGGCGAGGACGAGGACGCAACCACCGAGAGUGCAACGAAGGCCACCUAUACACACCAUGGUCACCCGACUUGGCGACCGCGGAGAGAGAACUGCACUCCUCCGGCCAUUGAGCAGUUUCCGCGGCCGCUGAUGGGUCCGAGCGUGCGGAUACACGGUGGCCUGGUCAUCCACGUGCUCGUGGCCGUAUUCACGUUUCUGGGGUUGGCCAUCGUGUGCGAUGACUACUUCGUUUCCAGCUUAGAUAGGAUCUGUGAAGAAUUGAAGCUGUCGCCGGAUGUGGCUGGUGCUACGUUCAUGGCAGCGGGCAGCUCGGCGCCAGAAUUGGCGACUGUUGUUAUAGGUGUAUUCUUCGCAAAGGACGACAUCGGUAUCAGCGGAGUCAUCGGUUCAGCUGUUUUUAACAUCAUGUUUGUGAUUUCGGUGUGCGCGUUAUGUUCCGGAACGGUUCUGCAGCUGAACUGGUGGCCUCUGGUGCGAGAUUGUACCUUCUACGCGAUCUCCAUCCUGGUGAUGCUGGUAGUGAUAUUCAACGAUGUCAUCUCUUGGGUGGAAGCACUUAUCAUGAUGCUGUUCUACGUCGUUUAC